AUGGGUCAGUUGACGCUACUAAUUGGUUGGACCAGAUCUCCCGAAAAGCUAAAGAGGGGGAUAAUCAUCGAAAUCGACGAAAAUGAUGUCGAAAUCGGCAAUCUCGUCUCAGAUAAUUAUCGGAUCAUUGUGUGGGUAAAAGAUCCCCUCUUCAUCUUCUUCUUCGUAGAAGUGCCAGUUGCUUUUGAUGCCGAAUACUUAGGGAUAUUGGGCUGCUCAGACCUUCUGCUUCCUAGAGCGAUUGGAUAUGUCUGCCAUGGUUGGUCAUCCACUAAUGGUGCUUAUCAUAUUGAUCUUAAAAUUGGGAUUCGGAGCAGUAUUAUGGCUGUUAUGCGGGUCAUAUCGAUAGAAUUUGCCAAUAUCCUUGUUGUCCUGCCGAUUAGGCUUCCAAUUGGAUGGUUUAGGGAUGAUCUCAUGUUCGUUCAUGAGGAAAGCCUCGUACAAAGUGUUAAGCAUGAUUUGUCAACGGUAUCAUACGGGAGUUUCGCGCCGAGAACUUUUGUUGCUUACGUUCUUCUUGCCCGAGCCGAAGGCCCAGUUUUUGAGUUGAAGUAUUUGCCUUCGCAUGGAUGGUAG